AAUAUCCUGAAAUUAAUACUAAAGAGAAGGGAUGGACGGACUGCCCUAAUGCUAGCAGUCAAUAUGGUCAUACCCAAGUUGUUGAGCUAUUGCUGAAAGAACAUGCUGACGGUAAUACUCAGAAAGAAGAUGGAUGUGAUAUUGAACUGAACCCUGGACCUAAAACAGAGGGCAGUACAGCACUUAUGUUAGCUAGUAAAGGUGGACAUGAACAAGUUAUACAAACACUAGUAUCAUCUGGAGCUAAUGUUAACAUUCAAGAUAACAAUGGCUACACUGCAUUAAUGCUAGCAUCCUCAUCUUGUGGACAUACAGAGACAGUACAAGUCCUCCUACAAGCAGGAGCUAAUGUACAUAGUACAGACAAUGAUGGGUACAGUCCACUAGUAUAUGCUAUAACAGGACACAAGUCACUUCAAGUGAUAGAACAACUACUUAAAGCUGGUGCUCAACCUAAUAUCUUUAUUAAUGACCAGAGUAUUGUUGAUAAAGUAAGAGAAGAAGGAAGAGAAGAUAUCUGUAAAUUUUUACAACAGUUUAAUGUUAUGAAGAUCAAGAAAAGUGAGGAAGAGGUACUUGAACAACUCUUGAGAAUCUGUGAUAGCUUUACAAUUCUUAAAGAAGCAAUUCUAUCAAGUCUACAGAAACUAAUAACAGAAGAAACUGUUCUCAUUGUUGAUGUCAUAGAAUUUCUUCAUCAUUAUCUUGGCGACACUGAAUUAAAGGUGGACAAUAUAGACCAACUCUUCAAUGUUCUUCAACCUCAUUACUAUUUCUUAAAUGUAGACCUAUUAAGGAAAAUAGUAGAUAAGUUUCUUGGAGCUAGUGAAAAUGGUGAUUUCCAGGUUGUUGAGCUACUACUUAAAGAACAUGCUGACAUUAAUACUCAGAACAAAAAUGGAUGGACUGCCCUAAUGCUAGCUAGUGAAAAUGGUGAUUUCCAGGUUGUUGGACUACUACUUAAAGAACAUGCUGACAUUAAUACUCAGAACAAAAAUGGAGCGACUGCCCUAAUGAUAGCUAGUCAAAAUGGUCAUCACCAGGUUGUUGAACUAUUACUUAAAGAACAUGCUGACACUAAUACUCAGAACAAAAAUGGAGUAACUGCCCUAAUACUAGCUAGUCAAAAUGGUCAUCAUCAGGUUGUUGAACUACUACUUAAAGAACAUGUUGACAUUAAUACUCAGAACAAAAAUGGAGUGACUGCCCUAAUGCUAGCUAGUCAAAAUGGUCAUCACCAGGUUGUUAAACUACUACUUAAAGAACAUGAUGACAUUAAUAAUCAGGAAAAAGAUGGAUGGACUGCCCUUAUGUUAGCUAGUCAAAAUGGCCAUUUCCAGGUUGUUGAACUAUUACUUAAAGAACGUGCUGACAUUAAUACUCAGAACGAAAAAGGAGAGACUGCCCUAAUGCUAGCUAGUUUAAAUGGUCAUACACGGGUUGUUGACCUACUACUUAAAGAACAUGCUGACAUUAACAUUAAGAAAGAAAAUGGAGAUACUGCCCUAAUGCUAGCUAGUUUAAAUGGUCGUACUCAGGCUGUUAAACUACUUCUCCAAUGGAAUGCAGAUGUUAAUAUUCAGCCUAAAGGUUAUGGUUACAAUGCGUUAAUGAUGGCCUGUUUAAGUGGACAUCUUGAAGUUGUGGAAUGUUUAUUACAAUCACAAGUAGAUCCUCACAUUUUAGCAUAUAAUAAAGCAACAGCAUUUUCAUUAGCAGCUUUUAGUGGUAACAGAGACCUUGUUAAUAUGCUUUUAGACAAAGUUAAACCCACUACUAAAGAGAUUGAAAAAGCAGUUGUUGAGUCUUGUUUUGGUGGUCACCCUACUCUCAUUACCUUCUUCUCAAACAAACUUCCAUACUCACUGAUGACCAGAGAGAACUACUAG